UAAUAUGAAUGAGCUAUGGACGGAAUAACAACGCUCGCUCUUCUGCUUGGAUUACUUUUUCCUCGGAUUCAGAGCAAUGCUGACUGCAUGGACGACAUUACAGUGAACUGUACUAUUAUGGACGCAUUGUUCAGCGUGUGCAACGGAAUAAACGGAAAGUGGACCGAAUGGUCCGAUUGGUCUGCGUGUACCAGUUCAUGUGGCAACACGACGCAGAUUAGAAAAAGGUCAUGCACAAACCCCAAACCAUCAAAGAUUGGUAAAGAUUGUGAAGGGCCUUCGGAGGAAUAUAACCAUUGCAAGUUGGAACCGUGUCCAGUGGACGGAAAAUGGUCAGACUGGUCAUUAUGGUCAGCAUGCACUACCACUUGCGGCAGCACAACCCAAACGCGAAUCAGGGCGUGUUCAAAUCCUCCCCCUUCCAACAAUGGCACAGAUUGCGAAGGCUCAUCCGAAGAAUAUAAGUCGUGUAUGCUGGAACCAUGUCCCGUCCCUAUUGGUUGGAGAACGUGGGGUGAAUGGGGAUCGUGUUCGACCACGUGUGGUGUAGGAAUACAAAGCCGAAACAGGAGCUGCGUUGAGCCUGCUCGUUACAGACUCAGUGAUAACUGUUUUGGCGAUACAAAAGAACAUCAAAUAUGUAUGAAACGUGCGUGUGCAGAUGGCGGAUGGACCACGUGGUCAUCAUGGAGUACUUGCUCUGCCUCCUGUGGAGGAGGUAUCUACCAGCGAUCACGUGGCUGUACUAAUCCUUCACCAUCACCAUAUGGGCAGAAUUGCGAAGGUCCGAACAAUGACGUCGCAACAUGCAAUUCAGAACUCUGCCCGCAAAAAGCAGGCGGAUGGUCUGGCUGGAGCUCAUGGAGCUCGUGUACAGCCACGUGUUUUGGCGGAAACCGUCAGCGUUACCGUGGAUGUAUCAACCCUUUACCCUCCCCGUUUGGGCAACCGUGUGUUGGUCCGAGUGUAGACGUUGACUCUUGUAGCACUCACAAUUGUGCAGCCCGACUGAAUUCUCGUCGCUUUGAAAUAUUCCUGAACAGUCAGUGGGGAACAGUGUGUAACGAUCAAUUUGAUGCCAAUAACAAUGGUGCUAAAGUGGUUUGCAGGAUGCUGGGUCUUCCCACCUCCAAUGCAAUGUAUAUAGACCCGGAGGAUGGACCAAGCUCAAUGCCUAUCUGGUUGGACGAAGUCAUUUGUACCGGGAACGAAGAGAGCUUGUUAAAUUGCGACCGUAAUUCUGUUGGGGUUCACAACUGUGGUCACACAGAGGAUGUCGGUGUGUUGUGUUUUUAA